AUGGAAAGUACGCCGCUGGUGCAGCGAAGAGGAGAUGCGCGCACGCGGAAUUUGCACGCCGUAUCCCCGGAAUAUGUGAUUAGUGUGUUUGAGCCGAUAGAGGGCCAUGGGGGAAGCUCUGAGACCGAUGAGAUCGAUGCUGUGGACGAUGUUUCAUUUUACGACAUGGUGGACAAUGUGCGUGCGACGAUUGCCGACGGUGUGCAGCCGCGCAUGAUCUCCCUGGGCUCUAGCGGCUCCUAUGUUGUGUGGACUCGCGAAGAGAGUGGGAUGCAAAUCGCAGGCGUGUUCAAGCCCAUGGACGAAGAGCCGUACGGAAACUUGAACCCCAAGCGCAUCUUUUUACGCAAGUACCUGUGGUGGGCAAUGGGCCGGCCGUGUUUGAUUCCGAAUUUUUCGUACUUGUCCGAGGUGGGUGCCUCCUACUUGAAUGACCGGCUCGGCCUAACGCUGGUGCCCACGACAAGGCUCGUUGGGUUCUCGAGCCCAUCGUUCCAUUAUCUGUACAGCGAUAAAAAACGCUGGGAACGCAAUCACAUACCCUUGCCCGUCAAGAUUGGUUCUCUGCAGCGCUUUUUGGAUGGAUACGUGAAUGCAAGCGAGUUUUUGCAAAAACACUCGCUCCCGGGCCGCCCCCGCGAUUUGCUUGUGGACGAUUUGGAAGCGGAAAACCGCGCACACCGACUGAGUCGGCGUAAGGAACGCGCGCGUUUGCGCAUGUGUUUCAUUGGUCUCAAGCGCCUUUUGCUGUGCCGGUAUGGCAGGGGUCCGUAUGGGAGUUCGCACGUUGCGGAUCAAGGUUCGGCGGUACACACAGACGCACACACGGCGUAUCCUACGACGAAGCCCAUGUCCAGAUCACAGACCACAGAAACGUUUGUGUGGACCGAGCGCCGCUGGAACGAUUUCCGCCACGAGCUUGAGAAGCUGGUCAUUCUCGACUUUCUCAUGCGGAACACCGAUCGUGGCUUGGACAACUUUAUGAUUUACGUCAACGAGCAUCCACGCCCCGGCGAGAGUUCUAUCACAAUCGGUGCCAUUGAUAACUCGCUCGCAUUUCCGCACCGGCACCCACAUGGCCUGCGCGACUAUCCGUACGGGUGGCUGUUUCUCCCGACCAGUAUUAUUGGCCUCCCAUUUUCUGACGAGACGCGGCGCCUCUUUCUUCCGAAGCUGUGCAGCCCAGCGUGGUGGCAAAAGACCACCGAAGGACUUGCGCGCAUUUUCUCCCAAGACGCGCAUUUCCACCUCCGCACGUUUGAGCGUCAGAUGGAAGUGAUGCGGGGCCAAGGUCAUACCAUUGUCCAGUGCUUGCAGAACAAAGAAGAUGGGCCCAUGCAGCUGUGUGCGUAUCCCAAGCGCCUGGUCCGCCAAUCGGUGCAUAUGUUGACACCCUCUGAGCUUCGACUGCACAGCGCUGCAGAGCUUGCGCCGGCAAGCUCGGCGCAUACGGUUGAUGCGACACAGGGCUUGGAAGCGAUGGAUAUGAAACAUGGCGCAUCGAUGGACAGCGACCUGUCGCAAGAAAUGCAUGCACCACACUCUCUUUCUACCGAGCAUCUCGGGAGGAGCCCCGAGUCAGAACCACGCGCAAUUGACGUUGUGGAGCGGAUCAGCGCGCUGGCUGAUCGCGUGGCAAAGAGCGCAUUGGAAGAUACACAGAAGCGUCGCAUACAACCGCAGCGCGAAAGGCCUUUGACAGGCUACGGUGCAGUGCAUAUCGCAUCACAGUCCAUGCACACGCCAAACCAUCCGUCAUCCGUCCCUCAGGGGUCAAUGCCCGUCUUGGUGGAGCAUUUGGUCCCCGACACGCACAGUACAUGGUCCACAUGA